AUGGAGGUCUUGGAUACAAUAAGGCAAAGACGCGACGACUACGGACGAUACGAUGAUACCGAUGGCGAGAAUGAAACACAACGGGCAAUGGAACGGAGAGACAAGGCAUUGUCAUGCCUCCCGAUAUUGGCUUUCAGUCAGGAUGGGUUAGAACAACUACAAGAUUGGUUGUGGCGGAGAUUCGACGAUACGCUGGAGAGCUGCGAUUUUUGCAUCAGAAUGUAUCAUCGAGGGAAAGUCACUCUAGCCGAAAAUUUAAAAGAGUCUUACGACGAGGAGGACAUUGAGAAACUGAUGCGGCUACUUGAGGAGUGGGAUCUGAAGCGCAUGAAGAAGAAUUUGACCACGGCCCUUGAGGAGCUGAACGCGGUUCCGCCGGAGAAGAUAGGGUUGGAUGCUUUGAGAACGUCGUCAUUGCUGGCUAUCUUUGAAUGUCUCAGUUCUGAUGCUAUGCAGAAGAACGAAGGUCUUCUCAAAGAAUACUUCGAUGCCCCGUUUAGAAUGAUCCAGACGAAACGGACCUUGAAGCUCACUGAUUAUGUGCCUGGCCUGACCAAUUUCUUAUUUGAUCCUGACUUGGUGCGAAAUCACUGGGCAACACAUGGAUGGGGUCGUUUUCGUCGACCACCCACCACAGAUGAGUUCGAAUGGGCCGUCAAAGACGGCUUGACUCGUACUCUCAUUUCCACCUCAACACUGCAACCACAUCUGGAUAUUGCUGCUGUUUACCGGUUAUGGACUGGUCUAUUCAUCAUCAUAAAGAGACUCGAUAAAGAUCAGAUUACUCAUCACCUUCGCGCUCUAGAUAUUGACCCCCUUCGGUUGUCCGUCGAACAUCUUCCAAUACAAUCACCUGUCUUGCGAGUUCUUCUGAACACUAUUCAAUUACUCUUGGAAAAGGCACCGAACGAUUUUUGGGACGCCAUGCAGACCAUAUCUCCUCAAGCGAUUGCUGAGCAAGUGUUCAAUAAUCCUCAAUUCGACGCCUAUCUUAUGGAAGCCACAAAUGAUGCGCUACCUUCAAAAUCUCCGCUGAAUGAUAUGCUAUCAUGGAUCACGCCUUUUAUGUCAUCUUUGAAAAGCAUCAAUCAAACACCCGCUUGCAGGUAUAUCGUGUCCCAGCUUUUUAAGCGGUUACAAGAUAAACGGUUACCCCCGGUUGCACGCUUUGAGUGCUUUCACGCUGGAAUUCAGGUAUUGCUUUGUACGUUACGAACAUUCACCAACAAUGAAUCGUCAAGGGGAUCUGUUGCGCGCGUGGUAUUAUCAGCGACACUGGAGAUCGUCAAGGAGCACAUUAACAUCAUUGUUACGCCUGAGGUAGAAGGAGCUGGUGAUAGGGCGCAGUUGAUCAUUAACGGCUGCAUGGAUGUCAUCAGCAAUACUCUUGCUCUCGAGUGCCAGUCGUUAAAAACGGACUAUGAGGUCUUAUUGAACUACUCCUCCAUGGAACAUGGAGUAAGUACUUAUUCGCCAGCUAUCUGGGACGCCGUUAUUGCACGAUUAAGUCAGACCAAUCGGGAUCUAUCGACCGCGGCAUUAAAGGGGAUAUUGGAGUUGGUGGGACUGGAAAAGUUCCCUACGAAAGGCGAAGAUAGUCAAGAAAAGACGCACUACAACGUUAUCUAUGGCCAUCUUACGCACUUAUCCGCCCAGAUCUUUGAGCGGCUAGCUGAAUUCGACCCUGAGCAUUUGGAUGCUUUGUUUGGAAGCCAGGACACAAGUUGUGCUCUGAUUUCAGCAUUGUUCUCAGCAGAUCUGAUACUAUCAGCAGCUGUGGAAUCAUCAAAACGUGAGCGGUCAGUCCGCGAGAGAGACGCAAUUCUCAUCUUCUGA